AUUAAUUAAAAAAUGACAACUCCCUACAUUUAUUGGUUAAAAGAAUCAGCCGUAAUUUAAGAAUAUAGUGUUGUUGGUAUCAUUGAUGGUUCAGGGUCAAUGUGUGAGGCUUGGGGUGACUUAUGUAAAGCGUGGAAUUACUUUGUGACUGGAUUCAAAAGUAUAUAUUGUAUUCAGUAUGACGACACUGCAAUACUGCAAGAAAGCCCACAAUUAUCUAUAUAAAAAGGGGAAGGGACAAACAUAGAACUAGGAUUUAGAGAGUUAAUGAAGUUGAUUAAAUCUGGUAACUUAUUGCAAAACAUUCUUAUCGUAUUUGUGACUGAUGGAAUAGAAGAAAAUGAUGGAAUAGGCCAGUACUUAGAGGAGAUGACUAAGGACUUUGAGUAAUUACAUUCUUAGGGAUACCAAUUUAAAUUUCAUACAUUAGCUGUGGGAGAUAAAUUUUCGCAUACUGUGGCUGCUGAAUUGAAAAUGAUUAUUCACAAUUCAGGAAUACUUUCAUCUUAAAUUGAUUUAAUUUAAAACACUAAAAUUGAUUUUACCAAGAUAUUGUAAGAUAUUAAGGAUGAGUUGUUCUAUUAAAUGAUACGUGUUGAUCCUCAAUGCCAGUUGACCACAUUUACAGGCCCAGUACACAGAGUUACUCCUAAUCAAGUAGUUUAUACAACGAAUAAUUCGAUCAGAGUUGGAGGAAAACAAAUCAAUUUAGAUAAGGAAGGCACAACACCUGAAGCUUUGGAUAAAUUCAUUAGAUAAAUCAUGUCUAAAUUAAUGGAGUAUAAUUCAAUAGGUAAGGAUGUCAAAUAGGAGGCAAUAUAGGCAUUAUAAAUUAUAGAAAAAUUGAAAGCCAAAGUAACAUUCAAGGAAGAUGAUGAUGAAAUUUAAAAAUUUAUCGAUUAAAACAUUUAGAAAAUAGAAGAAUUUGCAAGUGGAAAUCUAAAUCUAAAGGAAUUUGAACCUUUAAAGGCUGCUAAGUUUAUGCAUGAUGUGUAAGACCUCAUCAUAAGAGACAAAAAGAAAAUGCAACGAAUAAAGAGAAAAUCAGCAGUUCAUGCUUAAUUAACUAUGCAUCCUUAAUAACCUAAAGUAAUCAAUUUAUUUGAAAAACUAGCAACAAGUCAAAGAUUAUUAUAAAGAAUUGGCUUUAAAAAGAUUAGAACAAUACGAAAAACAAUUAAACAAUUCAGAACUUUUUGAAGACUUAAAGGAAUUUGCAAAAUAAAACAAGGUUAAGACUUUAGAUUAAAUCGUGUACUUAACCAAAACUCACGAUUUCCAAUUGAAAAAUAUCAAGGAAUUUAUAUAAUCUGAUGAAGAUACAGCCAUAGACAUGAUAGAUUUAUUUCUAAUAUCUUUAGAUUGAGAUUAUAC